ACCAAAUAAAGAUCCAGCCUGAGUCGGAGUUUUCAGUUCUUUGGUUCUGUUUUCGAGCGCAUGUCUGAAGAGAAUCAGGAGGCGUUCAGGGGCUCUGUAAUAGCCACCUGCAUCUUGGUCCAAUCUUUGGCGUGGCUAGGACGAAUGGGUAUGGCCUCCACGAUGGCUUGAAGGGUGAGACUAUUAAGUCAUCGACUUGGGCUUUGAUAGUUGGUGCCGACGUAUACUAUCAAUGAUAGACAACGUAAACUUUUGUCUAUGUUGACCUCGAACAUCGAAAACGUACAAUCGAGGGUCGGCAGAUAUGUGAGCGUCUUUAACGAUCUCUCUCGGUUGAACCAUAGCUGCUCCCCCAACACCCACUGGAAGUUCCACAUGUCCACAUUUUCUGUGCAGCUUCGCGCAGCUCGAGACAUUGAAGAGGGUGAAACCAUUUUUACGGACAUUCUCCGUCCAGCUGCAGAGCGCGCGAAAAGCGUUGCGCCUGAUGGUAUCGAAUGCACCUGUCGUGCUUGUCUUGAUCCCGCCAACAGCGACCCUGUACGCGCGGCUGUAAAGAACCGCCCGGACGUGUAUUCUCCGAAAACACAGCGGCGGGAUUCCCCCCCAGACGCCGCUUGGAUCGAUCCUGCAGUUCAGACACUGGCGAGGAUGGAGCAGGAUGGGCUCCACACCUCGGCUGCGUUUGUGGCAGGCUAGUUUGGCGACUGAGGAGCCGCUGUAUGAAAUGUGUACGAAUGCGGAGUUGAUGAAGAUGUUUGGAAGACGUCACUUGAGUGGAUCAGGGCGAAGUUGAUGUGGGAGAUAGCGGCGCGCUAUGCAUUCGUUUGAAGGGCCUCUUGAACUUGUUUUGUGACUAUGAUAUGUCCAUCCUUU